GACGGGGUCUUGCUAUGUUGCCCAGUCAGGUCUCAAACUCCUGGGCUCAAGCGAUCCUCCCAGCCUCUGCCUCCCUGAGAGCUGGGUUUACAGGCUUGAGCCACCGCCCCCCGCUAUUUUCAUGUUUUGUAUGAUUCAAGGUCACAGUGUAGAGUGUAUUAGCCUAAUCCAAUUACUUUAUCCAAUUGGGAUAGAAGAAAGGCUUUUACAAAGUCAAAAGGAGAAAUCCUGGAACUAUGGGGCUCUUUCAAAGUAUUAGAUGUUAAAGAACAAAAACAGCCAAAUAGCCGGGAGCAGUGGCUCACGCCUGUAAUCCCAACUCUUAAGGAGGCCGAGGCGGGAGGGUUGCUUGAGGCCAGGAGUUCAAGACCAGCCUGGGCAACACAGCGAGAUCCCGGCUCUACUCCCAGCUUCUCGGGAGGCUGAGGCAGGAGGAUCCCUUGAGCCCAGGCGACCGAGGCCGCCGUGAGCUAUGAUCGUGCCACUGCAUUCCAGGCUGGGCAACAGAGCAAGACCCUGUCUCAAAAAAACCCCAAAGAAUCUAGUGCUGUUCCUACAGAGAUACAUUGGCCACAAGCUGAGGUGGGCAAUAGCAACCAAAUAUCGCAUGGUGGUUUACGCACUGCAGCCCAUUUGGAGUCUUCAAAUACGACUGCCCUUUCACAGAUGAGUCUGAGACUCAAAAACUGUCACUAGUGUAAGGUUGUCCAGCGAGUUUAGUGGCUGGGAGGCUGAGGGGUAGACAGGGCGGCUAGCGAUGUGGGGCAGGCCUGGCGGUCGCCACAGACGACCUAACGGUAGGAAUAUCUUACAGCCACCAGGAGAGUUCCAGGCGCCUCGGCGGGGGGACUGGGAGAGGGGACUGCGCCCAGAAUGAAGGCUCGGGACAAAAGCAGUUGCGCAAACGCGCCAAAGGUGGGCGUCGAGUGACCGCGGGCGGAGGUCACCAGCGGCCGCUCCCCGGAAGCCACCCACGGACCACGCGCACCCCUGCACGCAGAGGGGGCCAGGGCUCCACGGGCAAGCGGCGACCCUGCCUCCCGGAGACGGCGCGGCCUGCCCUGCGCGCCUCAGCCCGGGGUGCCGGCGUCUCGGGCAGCACCAAGUCUCUCUCUGGAGGGGAAAGGAUGGUCGGGUUUGCCCCAUGUCCCUUCCUCUGACCGCUCCCUCAAGACUGCCCCGGGACACCCCGCCUGUGGCUCAGCUUCCCCCGCCCCGCGCUGCCAUCUCCUCAGGGCCGGGCAGCAGGCUCCCGAGCGCCCACAGCCCCGGGGUGCGGCCCAACCCACAACCGUCACCUCAGGGGCCUCAGGCGCCCAGCGGUGCUGGGCGGGGCUGGGGCACGACCGGAAGCAUGCGCAGAGAGCGCGUUUCGCCCAUCGCGCACGCGCACACACCUGCUCCGCCCCCACGCUGCGUGCCGCUGCUGGGUUCCGCCACGCCCGUCAUGGCGGCGGCCCCGGCCGGCUCUGGCGCCGCCUCUCGGUGACGCGUCGCGAGUCACCUGACCAGGCUGCGGGCUGAGGAGAUACAAGGGAAGUGGCUAUCGCCAGAGUCGGAUUCGCCGCCGCAGCAGCCGCCGCCCCCAGGAGCCGCCGGGACCCUCGCGUCGUCGCCGCCGCCGCCGCCGCCGCCCAGAUCCCCGCACCAUGCCGUCGGAGAAGACCUUCAAGCAGCGCCGCACCUUCGAACAAAGAGUAGAAGAUGUCCGACUUAUUCGAGAGCAGCAUCCAACCAAAAUCCCGGUGAUAAUAGAACGAUACAAGGGUGAGAAGCAGCUUCCUGUUCUGGAUAAAACAAAGUUCCUUGUACCUGACCAUGUCAACAUGAGUGAGCUCAUCAAGAUAAUUAGAAGGCGCUUACAGCUCAAUGCUAAUCAGGCCUUCUUCCUGUUGGUGAACGGACACAGCAUGGUCAGCGUCUCCACACCAAUCUCAGAGGUGUAUGAGAGUGAGAAAGAUGAAGAUGGAUUCCUGUACAUGGUCUAUGCCUCCCAGGAGACAUUCGGGAUGAAAUUGUCAGUGUAAAACCAGAAAAAAUGCAUCUAUUCUAGAAUUUUUUAAACCCUUACCAAGGAAAAAAAAGGGAUGUUACCAACUGAGAUCGAUCAGUUCAUCUAAUCACAGAUCAUCAAACAGUAGUGUUCCCACCUAGGAGUGUUAGGAAGUUGUGUUUGUGUUUCAAGCAGAAAAACUGAGCUCCAAGUGAGCACAUUCAGCUUUGGAAACUAUAUUAUUUAAUGUAGGCUAGCUUGUUUUCAAAUUUUAAAAGUUUAAAAAUAAAAUACUUUGCAUUCUAAGUUGCCAAUAAAAUAGACCUUCAAGUUAUUUUAAUGCUCUUUUCUCACUAAUAGGAACUUGUAAUUCCAGCAGUAAUUUAAAGGCUUUCAGAGAGACCCUGAGUCUUCUCUUCAGGUUCACAGAACCCGCCGCCUUUUUGGGUAGAAGUUUUCUACUCAGCUAGAGAGAUCUCCCUAAGAGGAUCUUUAGGCCUGAGUUGUGAAGCGUAACCCCCGCAAAACGCAUUUGCCAUCACAGUUGGCACAAAUGCAGGGUAAACGGGCUGUGUAAGAAAACGGCCCUGACUGUAAACUGCUGAAGGUCCCUGACUCCUAACAGAACCACACCCAAAGUCCGCACUCUUGCAGGGGUAGACAUUUCUGGUUUGGUUUGUUCUCUAGAUAGUUACACACAUAAAGACACCACUCAAAAGGAAACUUGAAUAAUUUAUAAUUUUGAUCGAGUUUCUUAAAAGAUCCUGGAGAAAGAGUGGCAUUUCUUCUGUUUCAGGUUUUGUCUGAGUUCAAACUAGUGCCUGUGUUGUUACGGAAAGCAGCAGUGUACCAGUGUCACUCUGGAGUACAGCGGGAGAAACCACAAAAUAGUAUAACUGAAAACAUUAACAUUCAGACACACUCCCUUCUGCCUUCCGGCUUAAAGCUGUGGAUGAUCCACGUUUUUGUUUUUUUUAAUGUUAAAUGUGUAACUCAGUAUUACUGAAAAGGUACCCACAUUUUGAAUAGUAGUUAUCACUGUUAGGUCAGACAGCCAUCAGAAUUCUCCCACACCAAGUGCAUGUCAGUUGUGGAGAAAACAUAGCAAAAAGAGCCGUACGCUCUUUACAGAUACUAAUGUCAAGAGUUAAACCUCCUCAGGUUCAACCUGUGAUAAAAGACUAGUGCUUCCCACUACUUGCAUGGGGUUCACUAUUUAUAGUUUUCUUGGGAGUAUCACAGGAAAAUCACAAUUACACCACUGUAGACCCUAUGUGUAGCAGGUCACAACUUACCCUUGUGUGUUUAGAUGUGUAUGAAAUACCUGUAUACGUUAGUGAAAGCUGUUUACUGUAACGGGGAAAACCAGAUUCUUUGCAUCUGGGCCCUCUACUGAUUGUUAAAGGAGUUCCUGUCACCUGUUCCCCCCACCCCUGCAUGCGUCUGUCCACUUGGCUAACUUUUAAUAUGUGUAUUUUUACAUUAUGUAAAUUCUUAACUGGCCUGUCUCGUUUAGACUGUAUACAUCAUAUCUGACAUUAUUGUAACUACCGUGUGAUCAGUAAGAUUCCUAUAAGAAAUACUGCUUUUUAAGAAAAAAAAUAACAUGCUGAGGGGUGACCUAUAUCCCACGUGAGUGGUCACUUUAUUUAUAGGAUCUUUAAAACAUUUUUAAUGAACUAAGUUGAAUAAAGGCACAAUUAAAAACUGUCA